UUUAUUGCCAAAAGGGUACUCCCACCAUGGAUCCGUUCAGACAACUCAUCUGUUUUCGAAAAACAAAAAUAAAAAAAUCAGACAACUCUUCCCCUUCAAAUUGAGAAACCCCAUAAAAAUCAAAAACCAGAGUGUGGAGUGAAAAAAAAUCUCCCCCAUAUCAAUGGGUUGUGUGUCCUCCAAACUCUUCCGGAAAGAUCUCAGACAAGAGAUUGUGUUUGGCAAUGGCGGCAGCGAUUCUACCCACCUCCACCAUGUGGUUUCUCUCACUUCAAGCACUUACGGAGUCCUCAAUUUGGACAAAACCCAGCACCAAAAACAGCCUAUCAUCAAGGACUUCGCCACGGAUUCGAAAAGGAGUAAGAAAUCGCCGGUUCGGGAAGAGCCGCCGGAAGUGAUCAACGCUUGGGAACUCAUGGAGGGUCUGGAAGAGGAAGCACCCGUUUCGAUUCCGUCGAAGAGGAGCCCGAAAACGAUGGUUUUCCUUCGUGGGUUUGGGGAUUUGGAUACCGGUAGAAGAAGCCCUUUGAAGUUCUUGAACCACAUGGCUUCGCCGAAGAAACUCAUGAGAUCCGGCGGAGGUGGGAAAGAGAACAAUAAGGGGCUUGUUAAUAGGUUCAGGUGGGAUUAUAGCCCAAAAGGGGCUUUGAAAUCUCUUAAUUUGCCCGAUAAUUUGAUGAGAUCGAGGCGUUGCAGCGUUGAUUCUGGUGGGAUUUCGCGGAGGAGUUUGGGUCCCCUGUUCGAUCCAGAGCUAUUGGAGUCUUUUGAGAAAGAACUCUCGGUUGAAGAAGAAGAACAGAUCAAGAAGAUGGUUUUUUCAACGCCCGUUUCGAGGACUAAAAGGAAUUCUAAUAGUACCAGGGAUUGUGAUUCCAUUCUGGACUCGUUCGAGAAAAAAUUCCCAAAUCGUAGCGAAAACGCUGUUGUCAUAUACACGACAACGUUGAGGGGGAUCAGGAAGACUUUCGAGGACUGCAACACCGUCCGGUCAAUCGUGGAAUCACACGGUAUCCAGGUGUUCGAGCGCGAUGUGUCGAUGGACUCGGGGUUCAAGGAGGAGCUGAGGGGCAUAAUGGGGAAAAAGGAAGUGAAAGUGCCUGUUGUGUUUGUGAAGGGUAGGUUGAUAGGGGGGGCUGAGGAAGUAGUGAGGUUGGAGGAGGAGGGUAAACUGGGUAUUUUGCUCGACGGGAUUCCGAGGGCGGCAGCCGCUGUCUGCGACGGGUGCGCCGGGAUUCGGUUUGUGAUGUGUUUGGAGUGCAGCGGGAGUUGUAAGGUGGUGGGUGAGGAUGGGAGGAAGACAGUCAAGUGUGGGGAGUGUAAUGAGAAUGGGUUGAUUCAGUGUCCCAUUUGUUGCUGAUUCUAACUUCUUCUUUUUUGUUCUUUGAAUUUGUUCUUUGUUUUCAUGUUUUGAUUCUGUUUCUUGUGGAUAGAACUAGGAAUUUGAUGUGAAAAGUGGGUUCUAAAGUGUGUUUUGGGUCCCCUUAUGGUGCUUGUAAUUCUGGAUAUUGGCCAGUUAAUUUAUGCUAAUUAUUUUUCAUGGUUGUAAAA